CAAUGCCUAUAACGAGUAAAUUUGCAAAAUAUAUAAUUAGAUGAAAUCUAUCAGGAGUUGCUUGACUUUGAAGAAAGAUAUCACAAAGGAUCUGAGAAAUACGAUGUUAUAUAAAAAUUAAUUGAUUUGUAUGCUUUGUUAAUUGAACAUUAUGACAGUAUAUAAGUAAAUGAUUGAGUGAUUGUAGGAUCCAGUUGGGUAUUAUUUUAAUGAGAAACUAUAAUCAUUGUUUGCUUGUCAAAGAGCCCUGAAGAGCAUUCGUAAGACUAACUAAGAUUAGCCUCCAUCAAUGCCAACUCAUACACAAAGUCUAAUUAUAUAAGAGACUAACAUUAUUUAAAACAGUUAAGAAAGUGCUAAAGGAAAGGUAUUGAGAUUAUCUUAUAAUAAGUAAUCAAUAUGUGUAGAAUAAAAAAAGAAAGAACGUUAAACAAAGGCAAAGAUAGCUAUGGAAAUAUAAGAUAAGAUUGAGGUCAGCUAAAAUGAUUUGUAACAUCUAAUAAAUGGAUAUUAAAAAGCUUCAGAUUAAACAUAAAAAGUGAUAGAAGAAGAUCUUAAACGAUAAGAUGAAUUAUUUAUGUAGAGAAGACUUAAAAGAGAGAGUAUAAUUCCAUAUUCAUAAAAGAAACAAAUUUAAUGAGAAAAUCUAGUAGAAUGUGUUCGACCAAAUGUAGUACUGAAAGAUUAGAUCUAUUUGAGAGUUGUAUAGAAUUUUCAAGUGGAGGAAUGGAUUCAAAUAAAGAUCUUAAUAAUGCUAGAUUGAUGUUGCUACUAAAAGAAUAAUCAGGUAAAAUCAGUUCAGAGAAGACAAAUCCUAUUGCACCAGAAUAAGUGGAGGAAGUGUAACCUUUUGAAGAGAUUUAAAUAGAAGAAAUGGAUGAAACAGAAAAUAUAAUACCACCAAGAAGAUAAAUAAGAGAAUCAUCAUCUGAAGAUGUAGCUGAUUCUCCACCUCAACCUAGAAGAAAGAUUAAAUAAUUUGGAAUGAUGGAUAAUAAUGGUGAUAUGUUAUUAAUCGAAGAUGAAUAGAACUUAAUAAGUGAUUUAAAUAUUGAGUUAAAUUGA